CACUAUCAGUACAAAGAUUGAUAACAAAUAUAUUUCAUAUAAAAAGCAUCUAGCUUGUGAAUUUAGAUCAAGCUGGACAAGAUUAUUAAAAUGGCUAUGACACAGAAAUCUUUUGCAACAGGUUCGACUUACCCACCGCUGGCAGAUGGAGUCCUCAGAGUAUACAGUAUGAGAUUCUGUCCUUUUGCCCAGAGAACACGACUGGUGCUACAACACAAAAAAAUCCCACAUGAAACAGUCAAUGUAGAUUUAAAAAAGAAACCAGAAUGGUUCUUGGAGAGGAAUCCUUUUGGUCUGGUACCAACUUUAGAACAAGGAGAUAAGAUUGUAUAUGAAAGUAAUAUCUGUAAUGUUUAUCUAGAUGAAGCUUACCCUGGUGAAAAACUCAUUUCAACUGAUCCUUAUCAAAAAGCUCGUGACCAGAUCCUUAUUGAUACCUUUGGAAAGGUAACAGCAGCCCAUUUUAAACUCCUGAGGAAUAUUGAUGGUCCAGAUGAAUUUGUUAAAGAGUUAAAGAGAUAUGAAGAAGCCUUGAAACAGAGAGGAAAUUACUUUGGAGGUAAUAAACCAAAUAUGGUAGAUUUUACUGUAUGGCCGUGGUUUGAGAGAUUUCAACUGUUAGAGAUGGUGGAUUUUAAACUUGACGCUGCCAACUUUCCUUUGAUAUUAGCCUAUAUCAACAGAAUGUAUGAACUACCAGCAGUUAAAGCUACCAUGUUUGAUAAAGAAUCACAUUUGACUUUUGUCAAAUCUUAUCAAGCAGGGGAACCUAACUAUGACUUUGGCUUAUGACUGAAGCAUUCCAAUCUUUGAGGAUACACAUCCAAGGAGGGGCCACAUUUAUUCUAUGUUUUGCUAGAGGUCACUAAAUGGAAUGUUGACUUAUCUAACUGGUGAUAAUUGUUAUAUUUCUGUAUAUAAUUGUAUAAUUCAAACAAAUUUCGAUAAUAAAUGCUUUAGUUGU